AUGGGGCGAGGGAGAAGGAGAGGCAUGAGAGCAGUGCCGUUGUUCUUGGUCCUGCUGGUGUUGGUGUUCAUGGCCGUGGCGAGGGUGGCCGCGGCGGAGGGAAGCGACGUUGCAGAAGGUGUCGACGUUGGCGGAGGGGAAGGCGAAGACAAGGCUUUUGAGAAGAGGUUCUUGAAGCUGUGGACGGACGGAGGCGGCGGGGACGGGGAAGAUCACCUCAGAUGUUACGGUGAUGACGAAGAUGAUUAUGGUGAUAUCUAUGACGACGAAAAAGUCAAAGAGAUGACGGAGGAGGAGGAGGAGGGCGAAGAUGGCAUCAUGUUGGGUGCGACGAGAUGCCCGAAUCCGAACAAGAAAAAGAAGAAGAAGAAGAGGAACGUCGUGAAGGUCGACAGCUUCGGCGCCGUGGGGGACGGCUGCGCCGACGACACAGAGGCAUUCGCAAAGGCGUGGGAGAAGGCGUGCUCGCUGAAGGACGCGGUGCUGGUGGUGACCGCCGGCCGGCGCUACAAGGUGGGGCCGAGCAGGUUCAUGGGCCCGUGCAAGGAGAGGCUGGUGGUGCUGAUCCACGGCACCAUCGUGGCGCCGGAGGAGCCGUCGGAGUGGAACCCCAAGAGCCCGCGGCUGUGGCUCCUCUUCGGCGGGCUCGUCGGCGCGCGCAUCCAAGGCGGGGGCGUCAUCGACGGCUCCGGCUCCAAAUGGUGGGCCAACUCCUGCAAGGUGGACCGGUCGAAGCCGUGCAAGGGCGCGCCGACGGCGGUGACCAUCGACUCGUGCCGGGGUGUGCGGGUGCGCGGCCUGACCAUCCAGAACGCGCAACAGAUGCACCUGACGGUGUCGCGGUCGCGCGGGGUGCGUCUGGACGGGAUGGCCAUCCAGGCGCCGGGGGACAGCCCCAACACCGACGGCAUCCACGUGGCCGAGUCCACCGCGGUGACCAUCACGGGCGCCCGCAUCGGCACCGGCGACGACUGCGUGUCCAUCUCCAACGCCAGCUUCGCCGUGAAGAUGAAGGGCAUCGUGUGCGACCCGGGCCACGGCAUCAGCAUCGGCAGCCUGGGGCAGGGCGGCUCCUUCGCCGCUGUGGAGGGGGUGACCCUCGACGACGCCCGCAUCGCCCGCGCCCAGAACGGCGUCCGGAUCAAGACGUGGCAGGGCGGCGCCGGCUACGUGCGCAACGUCCGCUUCUCCAACGUGCUGGUGGAGGCCGUCGACCACCCCAUCAUCAUCGACCAGUUCUACUGCGACUCCAGGACGCCGUGCGCAAACCAGACCACCAACGUGGCCGUCAGCAACGUCAUGUACCGGAACAUCUCCGGCACCUCCACGCGGGACGAGGCCAUCAAGUUCGCCUGCAGCGACGCCGUGCCCUGCAGCGACAUCGUGCUCAGCAACGUCAACCUGCUCGGGGACGACGGCGCCGAGGUGCAGGCCGUGUGCAACUGCGCCAUGGGGCUGGGCUACGACCCCGUCCGCCCCGCCGUCGACUGCCUCAGGAACAACGCGUGCGGCAGCGGCGGCGGAGGGCUGAAGCUAGGCGCGGAGGAGCCGUCGACGACGGUCGCGCCGCUGCACACCGAGCUGUGA